GCUACUACUAGCCGGGCUAAUUCAUGUUUUAAUUCUGCUACCUAGGAAUGCUGCCACGCUCCCAUGUGCUGACCGCUAUCCAUACGUAACUGAGCAUUCACCGCACUAUCCAAGCUAACUAGCGUCGUUGUUGUUGUUGUUGAGGGUCCGAGAAAAAAGGAGAAGAGAGAACACAAAGAAAAAGCGAGCGAGGAAUGCCUCUGCUGCAUUAUUCCCUUUCAUGAAGUUGUCAAAUUGACAGCAUGGGGUCAGCUUGUGCUGGGGAGAAUGGCCCUAAGUCGCCGUGACCUUACCAUCGCCAGCUUGAGCGGCUUUAUCGCAUGGGGUUUGGCCGUGCGCUGGCUCCCCGUGCUUCGCUACAUCGGAUACGCCUUCGUCGUUGGUCUCUCUAUCGCCGCCGCUUGCCUGGGUGCCGUUGUCCUUUUGACCGUGCGAAGUGGAAAUGAGUGGAGAGCAAAUAAAGCCAGUUUGGCUGGCACUUCCGUCGCCUUCCUCUCCCCCGAUAAAUGGGAACAAGAUGUCAGGAUAUACGAGAAGAGCGUGGAUUAUCGCCCCGACCCGUUGUACCCUCGGUCGUUCCUUGUUUCCGAAGCGCUUAGUGAGCUCCUCGACCUCGCGCUAAGGGAUUUUGUUUCAUCAUGGUAUCAGGAUAUAAGCGGCAAUCCAAGAUUUAUCAGUGAAGUUGAUCGAGGGAUAAGAGCUGUGCUAGGAAAUUUAAGGGACAGGCUGCUCAGGGAAGACCUGGUGGAAAUCCUAGUAUCCCGGAUUGUCCCGAUUUUGACGAGCCACUUCAGGGAUUUCGACAAAGCUGAGAGGGCAGUUCGAGGUAGAAACCUGUCGCGCACCGUGACUGAAUCGGAGGAGCUGGAGAUUGCAAUUGCGAGUAGAUACAGAGAUGGAAAUCUACAUCCUGCCAUAUCUCUAUCCUCGUUCUCGGACCCAAAACAGGUUCAGCAAGAGCACCUCCGCAAGCUAGUUGUCACACUUCUCCCACAACUGCUGCCAGAAGGUUUAAUGAACAGCCGGGCGGUUGCCGUUUUGAUCAGGGAGAUUGUCACCUGUGCCGUGCUAUACCCGUUGAUGUCGCUGCUCUCCGACCCUGAUACUUGGAACCAGCUGAUGGAAGCCUAUGCGCGCACAGCAUUGCAAGACCGCAAGACAGUGCGGAAACUGCGUGCAGCCCUGGACCAACAUGCCUCGCCGGCUCCAAAGACUAAACAAAACCAAACAUUCCCCAGGCUAAGGCCGGGCGAUAGUGAAAGAGAAUUUGAGCGGUUUGUCCGAGUUAUUCGGCGAUGCAACAUCUUGUCAGAUGCGAGGAGGUUCAGAAGCCAAAUUGCCAGCCAACUGAAACGGGAGAGCAUGGUCGAAGGCCAAGACCAGGUUUAUCUACGCCGCCUGGAAACAGGGAAGCGGGUUUUAGAUCAGAAGGUUUCGAAGCUUUCAGCGCUCUCUGGCCAGUCAAAGACUACUCCCGUAAAUCCAGUUGAUCUCCGCUACAGUUACAUUUCGAAUCCUCAAGAAGUAUCGUUGGUGGAUGUUAUGCACAAUGCAGCCGGGCUUUCAUACUUUAUGGAGUAUAUGGAUCGUCUGAACCUCAUGUCCCUAGUCCAGUUUUGGGUCGUCGUUGACGGGGUCCGAAAUCCUCUUGAAGAUGACUUUGGUGAUGACACCCCCUCUAACGCUGUGACAUGGACAACGGCCGAUAGGAACGAUGUCGUGCUGAUCAGCGAGCAGCAUCUGUCGAAGCCUGAGUUACGGGUUCCCCCUGAAUCUAGACAGGCCGUGAAAGACUUCAUCAACGCUGGAAAGCGAGCUACCCCAGCACAAUACCGCAAAGCACGAACGGUCAUUCUCACGACACAAACAUCUGUUUUACUUGAAAUGCAAAAUAAAUACUAUCCUGACUUUAAAAAGUCGGAUCUCUACUAUAAAUACUUGGCUUCUGAUGAAGCUGCUUCCGCCUCCGCCUCUAUCCCCCACCCGGAACGGCCGACUAUCAACCGAUCAGCAGGCUCCGAAGGCUCUGAACGGCGCCCGCUUCCGCCCCUUAUAGGCCGCGCAGCUUCCCCGCAGUCAAACACAAAACCAAACGAUCUAUUACGAGCGGCUGUUUCUACAACCGAUUUAUUGAAAUCCUCUAAACAUCUAAAUGACUCUCACUUCCUCCGGCGAUCACUAGACUCGGAUCGAGCUCCGUUGUUCGAUGAUGACCCGGAAACCGACCCUCUAGUAGCAUCGACCCAGAGUAUCGGAAAAGAUUCUCAGAAUGGGGAUGGAGGGGACGGUCACUCCCGUCGUGUAAUAGAAACUAUGGAAGCCGCUUUGAAUGAUAUUAUUACCAACGAGCCGAAUGAUUCGAGACUAGAAGACACAAAAAGCUCCCUUUUACAUCCGAGCAGAGAUCAAGAUUCAUCAAGGAGUUCAUUGGAGUCUCCACAACUUGACAACGGUCCAGCGGGGGAGAAGGGAAAACCAAGUAUUGCUUCAUUGGGCCUUGUUAAUACCUCGUCUAGGAUUGGAGUAUUUGCCGAUAACGACCUAUUUUCAGACGAGGAAAAGUUUAUCGAGGAUGAAUAUGCAGACCCAGAGACACAAGAGGAUGAAAAAGAUCCUGCGGAAGAGAUCCAUGAAGCGGCGCCUGGCGAUCUUGGUUUGGCUGAAGCUAUAUCUGCUUUGACAUCUGAUAUAGAAAAGCUCAUCGCUCAAGAGGCUGUUGUUGACACUCUCACCAGAAAGGCGGAAUUAACUAAUAAUACCGCAGAGUUGCGUAUAUUAAGGAAAUCCAAGUCGAGUCUUCAGCGUGAACUUCGCCGGAAGGAGAUGCAGAGGCAGCAAUACAUUAUCCAGGAAAGCGAUAAUAGUCUGUACGGGCGGUCCACUGUCCAAAUCAAAUCCAUAAUGGUUGGGAAGGAGGAGGAUGGAAGGGAAUACGCAUUGUACCUUAUCGAGGUACAGAGGAAUUCGGGAGACCAGAUGUCCGCUGCGUCCUGGGCAAUUCCUCGCCGUUAUAGCGAAUUCCAUGAACUCCACCACCGACUACGAAUGAGAUACCCCUCCGUCCGCAACCUAGAAUUCCCCCGCCGACGCAUGGUAAUGAAACUCCAAAAGGACUUCCUCCACAAACGCCGUCUCGCCCUCGAAGCCUACCUCCAGCAACUUCUCCUCCUCCCCGAGGUAUGUCGAAGCCGUGAUCUGCGUGCAUUCCUAUCCCAACGCGCCAUCAUCGCCUCCGAUGAUUCCAACCACCACCCUCCCCACCAUGAUCUCCACGAAGAAAACAAAGACCUCGUCACGCGGAUCUACAACUCCGUCGCCGAUGGCAUGGACGAUUUCCUAGGAAACAUCACCGUCCUCGACCAGCUCUCAACAGCAGGUCAAAACCUCAUCUCCGCCGCCACAAACCAACUUGCGACCACCAACACCAACACCCCCACCACGCAACCCGACCACCUCCUCAUAAACCCCGAAGACUCCGUCACCGCUGCCGAAGCCGAAGCCGAACUUAACGCCUUCGAAGACCGCGAACUAGAACCCUUUGUGAAACCCAUUUGCGACAUGUUUCUCGAAAUCUUCGAGCUGAACAGGGGCAACAACUGGCUGCGCGGGCGUGCUGUCGUCGUCGUCCUCCACCAGCUUCUCGGCGGCACCGUGGAGCGCAAGGUGCGCGAGUCCGCCCGCGCGCUCGUGCAUGAUUCGUCGUUGCUGCGCUAUAUCAAUCUGGCGAAGGACACGUUGUGGCCUAUUACCGCUCCUGCCCCUGCUCCUGCUGGCGAUGGUGCUGCCGGUGCAGUUGCAGGCGGUGAAGGAUUUCGUAAGUUACGCGAAGCGAAGCCGCGGAGUUUAGCAGAGAAGAUGAAAAGUCGUACGGAGGCGAGUGUUAUGCUUGCGACGCUGGUGCCGGAUCUUGCGGCGAGCGUGGUUGGGAGGGCGAAUGCGCAAGCGGCAGCGAGGAGGCUGUUUGCAACGACGAAUAAUCAGAGGUUGAAUGCGCAUUUGGUUUUCACGAUUUUGGAUGAGGUUGUGUUUGUGUUGUUUGGGGGUGGGGGUGGGGGUGGGGGAGUUAGAUGAGAUUACAAUUAUUGUAGAGGAAGAGAGGGGGAGCUUUUGGUAGUGUAGGAGGUUGUGUUUGUAUGAGAAAAUGUGAUAAUGCCAUGAGUAAUGUGUGAAUGUGGAUACAUAUAACUGACAAGUCCUGGACUUAAUUCUUUUAUUUUUAUUUUUAUAUUUUUUUUUCCCCGUUCGCGUCUAUUUUUGCAGCGGUGGUUUCCAUCUAUCUGAACAAUGUCUUUAUUUUCUUCCCUUCUUCAUUUUUCUUUUCCUUAAUUCACUUUCGCCCUAGGCCCUCCUUGCCAGGCUUCGAUUUCCGUCCCAAUUUAUACUCACUUCUCCAUAGUUAAGAAUUCAUAUGAGAAACUCCUUUCUCACUAAAUCCCAUUACAACUAAAUAGGUGCAGUAAGGUUCCCUCCGCCACCCCCUUUUUCCCCGAAGAUUGGAAAAAUAGAUGCGCAAUAGCUUGAAGCUCUGGAAGUUAGAUAUGACUCCAAAUAUAUUCUUUCUUAUCCCCGAGCAAGUUUAAAACCUUCAUUUAAGCCCAGGCCAGACAUAGCUUGUUAAACGAUGAUUGAGCCAUCCGGUUUUCACUCUUGAUGACACAUGUGGCUGCAAGGUUAUCACACAUAUCACUUUACAUUAAAGUCCCCAAUCAAUCAUUUUGCUACAUGUACUAUACAUGUAUGUACAUUGACCCCCACAUUUGGUUCUGUGGCGAGCUACAGUCACCUCGCGCAUGCGCAUGUAGCAGUGUCUUCUCUUCUGCCAGCCGCCCCCCUUCUCAG